AUGUUCGCAACACACCCUAUCCCCUCAUCGCCCUCCACGCCCUUCCGCCAAACAGCCCACUACACACCCGCCCGUCCAUCCCCACUGGGCCCGCGCAGCUCAAACAUCGCCACACCCCCAUGGCCAAUGACCUCCCCAACGCGCGCCGGCCACCCGCAAAAGCCCACCGGCCAUGACGAGAAUGCGCACACCUCACCAAUCUCAUUCCCAGCCUUCGCCGUCCACACAGAGCAACCACAACGACACCAUAACCCAGUGUCAGUGUCAAUGCCCGACACACACUCCCAAUCCCCGAGCUUCGUCAACAUCGCCUCCUCGCCCGCUCUCACCUUCAACACAACCUUCCCAUCAACCUCGGACCCCCAGCAACAGCAGCACCACCAACAACCCAACCUCUUCGCACCCACAUCCCCCUCCCCCGCCUCACCAACUCCGUCAGCCCGCACACGCUACGCAGAGCGCUACGCGACGCAAAUCGCGAAUCCCAUGCGCAGCACGACGUCCCUCGCGCGCUCCAAGACACGCAAGAUGUUCCUCAACCGCGUGAAGAAUGAGCGUGAUGCGGGCCGGUUCGAUGCGCGCGGGGAGCAGAUGAUGAUGGCGGAGUAUUUGGCGGAUAAGAGGCGGUGGGAGGAGAGUAUGGCGCGGGAUGUGGAUGGGGUGCUGCGUGGUGUGGAGGGGGAUAUUGAGGAUGAUGGGAUGUUACCUGGUAAGUUUGUGCUUGCGCUUGUGCUGCUAGCCUCUAGCGUGUCUGAUUUUGGUUUGUUGGGGGCGUUGGCUAAUCGAUCUUGUUUCAUUGCUGCAGAUGAGGCUGAGUUGAGGGCUUUGGAUGAGUUUGUCUCGCAGGAGGAGGCUUUUGAGAGGGCGUUGCAGGAGUCGUUGUCCAAAGGGCAUGGUUUGGCGGAGCCAGAUGCUCCGUUUAGUGAUGCCGAUUAUGAUGAUAUUUUUAUGCAUCUGUCGGAGCCUGCGCAGGAUAUGGACAUGUCUUGA